AUGGAGCCCAGAGCGCUGUGGUGGCUGCUGCUUGGCCUGGUCUUGGUGUCCACCGGCUCGGCCGGGGAGUACGUGGGCCUGUCUGCAAGCCAGUGCCAAGUCCCAGCCAAGGAACGGGUGGACUGCGGGUACCCCCAGGUUACCAAGGAGCAGUGCAAUAACAGGGGCUGCUGCUUCGACUCCAGCAUCCGGAACGUUCCCUGGUGCUUCAAGCCGCUGCAGGAGACAGGGGUCAGCUGCCGGGUGGCCUUGCUGGCCCUCAGGUGCCUCGGCCCCGCCCUCCCGGAGCCGCCCCUGGGGGGUGCCCCUGGGGCACCAGGCCUGACCUCUGCUGGCGGGAUCGAGGGCCCCGGAGCCCGGGGCUUCAGCAGCCCUGACGUGGCCAGUGUUCUCCUGACCUUCCUGGCGUCCUCUCUGGGCAGUUCUGCCGCCUCCCUCCAGCAGGACCCCUGCAUGGGACCCACCCUGCACAGGUGGCCCGAGAAGUCCACCUUGCUGCCGACUCUAGAUGCUUCCUUCGCUCCCAUCUCUCCCCAUGUCUGUCCACCCCUGUCCCCUACAGGCAAAAUGCUGACCACAUCCUCAAAAGUGGCUGCACACUGCUCCCUGCUGGCAGCCAUGGGCUCCUGCUGCUCCUUACCCUCAGCAGCCUUGGUCCUAACGGGCUUCCUUCCACAAAACCGCAUCACAGAGCCACCCCGCCUCCUGACUGCAUCCAGUGGGUCCGGCCAAGUGCAGACCCGUGUCCUGCAGGGCUCCGUCCACCUGAGCGCCGGCCUGCUCCUGCCGGCUGGAGGGCACUGCUGA